AUGCCGGGAGGCCGCUACUUGUACGCGCAGAUCUUCAAGGGCGACAAGCUCGACUUUACCACCGCGUGGCGCGAUGCGCCGGAAGGCGUCGGCUGCACGUCGGACGGCUCGGUCUCGUGCAACGUCGACUGCACGCUGCAAGGCGACGUCCUCGUGCGCUACCUCUCCGACGCCGACCAGCGCGUCCCGGUGUUUCGCGCUGCGUUUCACACGGGCUACCAUCCCAUGGACUUUUUUCGGCUCGCCACGCAUCGAUUGCAGAUGCGGGUCAAGCUGCUCGACAGCGCGUGCCAGGACCCGCGCUUUUGCCCACAUUUCUUCGUCGACCACAUCUUUGCCAAGAUGGUCAUCCACGCGCGCAUCAAGGGACGGCGCUCGAUGGACAAGGUGCAGCAAGCCUCGAGCAUGUCGCGCUCGUGGUGA